UAUCCCACUCAUUCACAUACACACAUACUAUACCACAUUCUAUAAUACUUACAUUAUAUUUUGUUGUUACAUUUCUUGCUUCAAUUAAUAUGGCAUCUAGGGAAGUCAAUAUUGUGAAGUGGAUUAUGAAUUUAUGUGUAAUGAUGGUGGUGGUUUUGGGUUUGUGGAGUAGUAAGGUUGAAGCUGAUCCUCAAGUACCUUGCUACUUCAUUUUUGGUGACUCUUUGGUAGAUGAUGGAAACAAUAACAAUCUUAAUUCUUUGGCCAAAGCUAAUUAUCUUCCUUAUGGGAUUGACUUUAAUGGUGGUCCAACUGGAAGGUUCUCCAAUGGAAAAACUACUGUUGAUGUCAUUGCUGAGCUAUUGGGAUUUGAGGGCUACAUAUCUCCCUAUUCAACAGCCAGAGACCAAGAAAUACUCCAAGGAGUCAAUUAUGCUUCUGCUGCUGCUGGAAUUAGAGAAGAAACUGGACAACAACUAGGAGAUCGUAUUAGUUUUAGUGGGCAAGUACAAAACUACCAAAAGACAGUGUCCCAAGUGGUAAAUUUGCUUGGAGAUGAGGAUACAGCUUCAAAUUAUCUUAGCAAAUGCAUCUAUUCCAUUGGAUUGGGUAGCAAUGAUUACCUUAACAACUAUUUCAUGCCUGCUUAUCCCAGUGGUAGACAGUUUACACCACAACAGUAUGCUGAUGUUCUUAUUCAAGCAUAUGCUCAACAACUCAGGAUUUUGUAUAACUAUGGAGCAAGGAAAAUGGCUUUAUUUGGGAUUGGUCAAAUAGGUUGCAGUCCAAAUGAAUUAGCUCAAAACAGUCCAGAUGGUACCACUUGUGUUGAAAGAAUAAAUUCUGCAAACCAAUUAUUUAACAACGGAUUGAAAUCUCUUGUUAAUCAACUCAACAAUGAGCUUACGGAUGCAAGAUUCAUCUAUGUAAAUACUUAUGGUAUUUUUCAAGAUAUCAUAAACAACCCAUCAUCAUUUGGCAUAAGGGUUACAAAUGAAGGGUGUUGUGGAAUAGGAAGAAACAAUGGUCAAAUUACAUGUUUGCCCCUUCAAACCCCAUGUAGUAAUAGGAAUGAGUACCUAUUUUGGGAUGCAUUUCACCCAACUGAGGUUGGCAACACUAUAAUUGGUAGGAGAGCUUACAAUGCUCAAUCUGAAUCAGAUGCUUAUCCUAUUGACAUCAAUCGCUUAGCUCAAAUAUGAUGAUGAAACUUUAAUUGUGGUAUUAAGGUUAUUGUGUAACUUCUUUUUUUUGGUUGGUAUUGUUUGUUGUGGGACUUUACUAGUGUUGUGAUGAGUUGUUUAUGCCAAAGGUGUACAAGAGUUUUUUAUUUUUAAUUUUUUGGUGGUGUAAAGGUGUGCAAGAGUCUUAAGUGUAAUUUUUCAUAAAUUUUGUUAAGAUUUUAUUGUUGAUGGUAUAAAUAUAAUGGUACUUAUUGGUGGAUGAAAUUUUCAUCCAAAUUUAAUUAAAUUAGAAGGAAUUAUUUGCUCUUA